AUAUAUUAGGUCUUACAGCUGUGUUUGAGGUUAGGUACAAGCUGAGGACAGGAGGUCAUGAAUUUGGCCUCUAAUAGUUAGAAUUUUGUCAUUAAAAAAGCUCAUAAAAUCAUUACUGCUAAGGGCUAAAGGAAUACAAGGCUCAAUAGAGCUUUGACUCUCAGUCAGCCUGGCUACAGUGCUGAAAAGAAACCUGGGGUUAUUCUUGUUUUCUUCUAUUCCAGCUGAGUAAUAGUUUGCUCUGGCAUUGCGGAGGCCCCUCUUAUACGUUUUGAGACUGUCUGCCCAGAUUAAACGAGAUUCUUCCAGUUUGGUUAAUCACCAAUUCCUUUCAAAUUUUCGUGCUAUUUGUUUUAACUUACGGGUUUGAGAGUUAUACCAAGGAGCGAACUUUCUUUGCUUUGUUAACUUCUUUUUAAGAGGAGCUACAGAGUCGAGUGUUGUUCGCAGUGAGCCUACGGCACUAUCGACAAGAUGAUCAAUUCGGGAGAGGUUAAAGUCGGCACAGGAAACCUCUGUUACUGAAGGACAUGGUAUUGAAUUUAACGACGGAGUAAUCAUUUCCUUAAAUUUUCCUUAAAUCUAGUAUAGUAACUGUUGCUGAGUGGCGUGUAAUCGAGUAAAAAGAAAUCAAAAGUAAUCAAAUAAUGAUCCGAUAGCGAGGGAUUCUGUGUAAAGACUGUUAGGUUAUCAAUUUCUAUUCCAUAUGUCAGAACUAGAUCGAGGGUAUGGUUAAAACAGUGAGUGGGUUCAUGUACACCCUGACUGAAGCCAAUGGAGUCUAAUGAGAUAAACGCGGUAGCCAGGGAGUCAUUAUCAACGUCGACACAAAUGUUAAAAUCACCCACAAUAAUAACUUUAUCGGAUUUAAGAACUAAACUGGAUAAAAACUCUGAGAAUUCAGAUACAAAUUCAGAAUAUGGGCCAGGAGCACGGUACACUAUAACAAAUAAAAUUGGGUUUUCCAGGUCGGAUGUAAAAGACUAAGAACGAGGCUUUCAAAUGAAUUAUAAUCUAGUUUAGGUUUAGGGCUGAUUAACAGACUAGAGUUAAAAAUGGCUGCAACUCCCCCUCCUCGGCCGCUGCCCCGAGGAAUGUGGGUAUUAUUAUGACUGGGAGGAGUGGAUUCAUUUAGACUAACAUAUUCAUCUUGACACAGCCAGGUUUCAGUGAGACUGAGUAAAUCAAUAUGAUUAUCUGAUAUUAAUUUGUUUACUAACACUGCUUUAGACGAUAGAGACCUGAUAUUUAACGGUCCGCAUUUUAUUCUCCUGUUUUGUCUUUCUGUCACAGAAGAGGUUUUAAUUUUUAUGAGGUUGUUAUGCUCAACUCCUCUUUGUUUAAUUUUGGAUUUAAAUAAUUUAGGUAGUCGGGGGACAGACACCGUUUGUAUAAAACUAUGAAAACUAUGGGUGGGUAACUGAACUAGAAGCUCAGAGAAGCAUAUAGGACUGCGACUCUGAGUUCUGAUCUCAACUCUGGGUUGUCAGGGAUUUGAAUUACUAAUAAAAUUUGCCAGGUUCCUAGAAAUGAGAGCGGCUCCAUUCAAAGUAGGAUUAAUGCUGUCUCUCCUAAUAAGACCAGGUUUUCCCCAGAAAAUUUGCCAAUUAUUAACGAAACCCACAUUGUUUGCUGGACACCACCUGUUACUCUCACAGUAACAGUUUAAUCGGUCAGUUUUAUUUGCCAUUGUAAUCAUAAGGUACAAUUCAAGUGAAAUAUCAUCUUACCAGUUUCUGUAGUUUGUACAUCAAAAAGAGUCAUUCCAUUAGUUUUUAAUGUCUCUCUUGUCAUAUUGAAAUUUAAGGCAUGCUGAUGGAUCCACGUCGUCAACUCAUGCAUUGAGUAACAUUAAAAGUACCAUGAAAAUUGCCAGCAGUUGGCCCAGUGAAUUAAGUUCCUUUUUUUCUCAGUCUGCAGCUGCUGCUGGAGGCAGAAAAACCUCGUCUCAUUUUAUAAUUAUAGUUUACUAAAGUAUGUUGCCACGGAAUGAACAGCGAUUACAUAAGCUUCGAAACCAGCCACAUCUCAGCCCUGAGCAAGACUGACUGUCCUCUGUUGACCAAUAACUGGACUGCAGUGUUCACAGCUACACCUUGUAGUACCGGAUCUGUGUGCUAGGUACCCCAACAGAGGGGGGAGAUGGGGACGGCAAGGAAUGGUUACCUUAGUACCAUCCACAACUUUUCACAGUGGAAACAGAAAAAAUGCAUACCGAACUGAACUGAACUGAACAGGAAUGCUGUGGAUGGAAACGGGGCAUAUGGGUCUAACCUCUCAUGCUAAUGGACCCAGAGUCAAAUUAAAGGAAAAAGCAGGCCACUGCCUUGGGGCCCUAGACCCUUUGGGGGCCUUCAGGCUCCAGGUUUACCAUGUGGCACUUAGUUUGUGGUAUUUGAAAUAGUAACUGUUAUCGUAAACCACCAUGCACCACCAAAGCACACGAUAACAUGAAAUGAUAGGCAACACCUGCAUUGUUACUGUCUUGUAGAAGACCCGGAAAUAUGCUUAUUUACUCUCUUGCCAUUUACUCACUACUAAUAUCUCAUUUUCAAAUCUCAUUUUUUAAGUGCUUUAAUUGAGAAUCAUAUGACAACACCAAAAAUCACACAGGAAGCAUCAAUGAGUUCUAAAAUUAUUAUCAUAUUAUCAAUCAUUAUCAAUCUUUAUUAAUCAGUAAUACUUAGGCAAGUAAAUGUAAAGCUUAAUCAGGCAGUUGUUCUGUCUAAAUCUACAACCUUGAGCUUCAACUUCCAAGUAUGUAAAUUCAUAUUAAACUAAUACAUUUAACAUAAAAUCAACAUUAUAUGUUUUUUAGUGUUAUCCCAAAUGACACAGGAUUUUACUUUGCAGUGAGCAAAAAAUGAUAAAUUAGAUGCACUUUACACAGACUUAUUAACAUUUCACCAUUGUUUGGGGGUCUUUCAGGGUUUUUCUCGGUAAAAUUUAAAAACAAUGUUGGUUACACAGAACAACAGAUUUUAGGUUUUAUUUGAUUUAUAAGCCUUUUCGUAGCUUUUUUUGCAUUUCACCACGAGGUAUGCACAGUUAUCUAUGAUGACAUUUUGUGACUGUAAUGUCUAAUAAUUCUUAAAUGGUUAAUAGACUGCACUUGUAUUGCUAUUCUAGUCCUCCAACCAGUCAAAGUGCUUUUACACUGUGAGCCACAUUCACCCAUUCACACAAACAUUCAUACGGCCGAGGCUACCAUACAUGGCACCACCUGCUACUCAGUAACCAUUCAUACACACACUCACACAUAUGAGGGCUGGAGGAGCCAAGGAUCGAACUACCGAUUAGUGGACAACCUGUUCUAUCUUUAACCACAGCCACCCCAAUCUGGAAAUCCAUCGGUAAAAAAAAUAAAAAAAUUUUUUUCUUCCUUUACCUCUGGAGGCACAGCCUGGAGUUUUUCGACUAACGGAAGUGCAGGGGCCUCAUGCCCUUCACUUCCGGUGGUGCCCCCAGGGAAUCGCCGUGUUGUUUACAAAUACUUAGGGUAGAAAACCAGCAGAGUUUAGCUAUAUAUCACAUUUUUCACGUCACUAUAUCACUGUGUAGACUAAUCUGGUAUGUUUGUUAAGUCUAUAAACACAAUGAAUGAACAAACGUUACUAUUUCCGUGUGCACGUUUUGUAAUUAACAUGGUUAUCGUAGAUAAGCUGGGCUAACCGUUAGCUGUUAAUGUUACCCGUUAGCGGUGUCUGUAAUAACCAUAGACUGUAUAAAAAUAAGGUAAUAACUCAAUAAACGGUCCGUGAAUAAAAUAUUUUUUCCGGCAGAUAUCUUAGUUACAACAUGAUUGAGCUAGCAAAGCAGUUUUGUGUUGCUAUGUGUGGUAUUUAUUCAGUUAUGGGAAAUCACGAUGUCUAGAAAGCAUCAGUGGCUGCUGCUGAAAGUGCCAGUUAGUAAAGCCAACAUCAGGACGUCAUCUGUUUAAAGCCUCCCGUUGUUGGAUUACGACAUGAAACUACUCCAGUUAGCUAAAUCAUGUUGUAACUCAGACAUCCGCUGGAAAAAAGAUUUUUUUUCCACGUUGACGAGACGGCGUUUUGGGUGGAGCGGUUGCUAUGGACGCGGAGCUUGCUGUUUCUGUAGGUACACAUUUCCUGGGGACACCUGCACAUCUCGGCCGCGCCCCCUCCAUUGUGAUUGGCUAAAGCGCAGCAUCGUUCAUACUCAAAGCCCCGCCCUCCCCCCCUCUCUAGUCGUCUUUCACACAGGGCUGCUGGCAGAUUCUACAAUGUAGAUUGCAGAAUCUGUCUUGAGAGAUUACAGCCACCCCAACCUAAACCUUGUAAUAUCCUCAGUGAAUUUUUAUAUCACUUGAUAAACAGAUAAAUGAUUCAAUAUAUGUCUUUUUUUAAUAAACUCUUUCCUUAUUUUUACUUCAUCAAAGGGCUUUGGACAUCAAAAAUCGACACCUAUUAAGUCUAAAUUAGCCUAUCAAGAUUACUAAUAGGUGUAAAUGAGCAUCAAUUAAUUAAUUCAUUCAUUACUUUUUGUCACAAGGUAUAAAAGUGUCACAGUCACGGCUGGCUUUUUUUAAAUUAUUUGGUAUUUUAACUUUGCAGUGUUGGCAGUGAAAGCAAACAAAUCUCUCCACACACUAUAUAUAGCCACUGGAGAGGGGGUUAACGAGCCUCAUGUGGCUCCAGAGCCACAGAUUCCCUACCCCUACUUUAAGGCCUUCAUUAUUUCAUGUUACAUAUAUAUAUAUAUAUCUAUAUAUAUCACUUAUGUGGUGCAUUACUAAAUAAGGUUUUCCAUAUUAAAUACCCAAUGCAGGGAGUUGGAGAUGUUGUGUGGUCAGUGGGAGCCAACAGCAUAUAUUUCCCUGUUAAAUCCAUCCCUGAUCAAAUUAAUAUUUUCACAGAACUUGAAAUUUAAGACCUGACCGUCAUAGAUCACAUCAGACCACAGCAACCUUUCACUGGCACAAUCAAUUAUGAGUUAAUGCCUUGUUUGCUUGUUGUCUGUUUGACUCUCCCUCCGCAGCAGUGUUGUGUUGCGUCCUCAUGAGCUGCUAUCAGUGUUUUUAUCUCUUGCUUAAGAACAAACAAAAUGGAGCAACUUUCUAUGAUGAAACAGCGGCCAAAAAAUGCCCUGUGUAUACACAGCUGCCACAAGAAGCAGAUAAAUGUUUGAAAUGUUAAUUAUUUGAUCAUGAUCUGCCAGCCUGAGCCAAACAAUCUCAGGCUGAAAGCAAAAAAGCACGCUAAUGGAGGGAGGAUGAGACAUACUCCAAGGGAAACUGAAAAUACACAAAGCACCAUGACAGAGAAUCACAAAUAUUGUUUGAAAAAUGUUUGUGAUAAGUUGAUGAUUGCUUGACAGCCUUGAGGAUGCUAAGUAUCAAAUUACUUAAUAUCAAAAACCUCACUGGAACGUGCCCUUUUUCCUAACCACCUCUUACCUGCUUCAACAUGUCCUACUUAUCUUUUGUCCACAUAAACAUAUCAGCAACUUUUCUUGACCCCUCUCCCAAAUAUCAACUACCCAGAUGAAUAAACACAUUCGAUUACAAUGAUUGUCAGUGUUAAUAACUUAUCACUUAUGGUUUUAACCAUCAAAGUCCUUUUGAACUUGUUUGUAAGAAAAUACAUUUUAAAAAGUCUCUUCUGUACAUAUAAAUUCAGUAAUGCAUGACCAAACGCUGAUCAAAAGUUAUAGUGGAAAAUUUCUGUUGUAAAUGUGACCAUGUGAGGUUAUUUAGGAGCCUCUGCCCUGUGUUUAGACUGUGGUGCUGAGUGUGUGUUUGGGAGAAUGUAAAUUGAUGAUAAAUCUUUUGGAUGCUGGGCUGACAACCACCCACCACCCCCCUUUCUUUCGGUUUUUCCAUACCAGAGCUAAUCUCUCUCUCCAUCUCCUGCAGGUCUCCUCCUCAAAACAUGCAUGCAUACAUACAUAACAUGCAUAAUAUGAAUCUUCAUUACAUCUUGUGGCACACGGUGGCGCCACAAAGUGCACAAACGGUCAAUUUCUGAGCACACUGGGCGCCAGCAUAAAUUGGUCAUUCCAGUUGAGGUCCCAGGCAAAACGCUUGUUCUUCUUGUAGGGGCAUCCCAUCUGCGCUCCCUUGCAGAUGGGAUUGUGCUGAUGCCAGAGGAUUGCUACACCUUUGGCAUCAUGUCCACUCCAGGGGCGUGCGCUGACCAGCUCAGGACUGAGGUUGAACAUGCUGUUCUUCCUCGGAUCUCUGAUGCUGUCUGUGUCAUGGCCCCUAGCAACAACCUGACGGCCAGCAAAACGCAAGGAGGCAUAGCUUUUGGCCGAUACCUGGCCACUGUCUGCAGCGUCUGGCCGACUGCACAGGUCUUCGCUGGGACCUUGUCCCACGCUUGACAGUCCCGGGGGAUAUCCAAGAGUUUUUCCGGCAGGAAUUUCACCGCGUGUCAACACGUCUCGGUGUGAAAUAUUUUCACCAUGCUGACCGCUUCCCCCUGAACAACCGCAAGCUGUGGUGCUGUGAUGGUGUGCACCCCAGUGACGACAUGGGGAUGCCUAUCCUCGUGGAGUCGCUGCUGACUGCCACCAAACAGCACCUGGAGAUACCAGUACCCAAGCCACAGGUGUCGUGCCCUGUGUCUCCCAAGCCGAUGCCAAAGGAGGUUCCACGUGUGAUUGUGGUGGGAGAGGUUGUAGUUCCACGGCCCCCCCCUCCUGAGUGGACGUCUGUACAGUUGGGCAGGAAGAGGAACCACUUUGAACAUGAGCAUGGCUCUGGUUCAUCACAGAGAGGAGUGGUUCAUCAUGUGAUUCACAUGCAGGUAACAGGCUCAGUGCUUGAGAGUCUGAUAGCUAAACGGACUGAAUACUGGGAGAGCUGCAACACAACACUGGCAACGAGCACACUCUCAGAAACUGGAAUCUACUGUAAAGGAAUGUUUGACAUGUUUGUGUGUUGGCCCCAUUCAUCUCCUGGGAAUGUGUCAGUCCCCUGUCCUUCUUACUUACCAUGGAUCAGCAAGGAGGUCUCCAGGAAGGCACACCGUGAAUGCUUGGAAAAUGGAAGGUGGCGACAGAGGGAGAAUUCUACUGAGCCCUGGAGGGAUGACUCAGAAUGUAAAGAGGACCAUUACUUCAAAGACAAGGAGAAGGAAUUGCUUCGCCAGACAGCCCUCAGAGUCAUCUCUGUCAUUGGCUAUUCCCUGUCCCUGUUCUCUCUCACACUGGCUACUCUUCUGAUGGGCAUGUUAAGGAAGCUACACUGUACCAGGAACUACAUUCACAUGAAUCUAUUUGUGUCAUUCAUCCUGAGAGCCAUGGCUGUCAUCUCGAAGGAAAUCAUAUUAUACAUCAUGUACUCUAAGCUACCCAAAGAUGACCCAGGAUGGAACUCCUACUCAAGCUCUCCGAUAGCGUUGUUGUGUAAACUCUCCAAAGUGUGCAUGGAAUACUUUGUGGCUUGUAACUACUUCUGGCUCUUGGUGGAGGCCAUUUUCCUCCACAUGCUGCUCUUCACAGCUGUGCUAACCAAGAGAUGUUUGCUGAAGAAAUACAUGCUUCUAGGAUGGGGAACACCUAUUUUGUUUGUAACACCAUGGACAGUGGUCAAGAUUUUAUAUGAAAACACAGAAUGCUGGUCAAUUGUGAACAGAUGGUUUUGGUGGAUAAUAAGAGGCCCGAUCACUUUUUCAGUGCUGGUCAUUUUCUUCUUAUUCGUCAAGAUUCUCAUGCUGCUGCUGUCAAAGCUGAAAGCAGAUCAGGUGAAAUUUACAGACUACAGAUACAGCUUGGCCAGAGCAACACUGGUACUGAUUCCUUUGCUGGGAAUCCAUGAAGUGGUUUUCACUGUGCUGAUAGAUGAAUGUGUGGAGGGCAGCAGUCGCUAUGCCAGGAACUUCAUCAACCUCACCCUCAGCUCAUUUCAGGGAUUCUUGGUUGCUGUGCUGUACUGUUUUGCUAAUGGAGAGGUCCAAGCUGAACUGAAGAAGCGCUGGCAGCUCUUCCUGUUCACCAACCACUUUCAGAUCAGGAGCUGUUUUCGGAGUGUCCCCCUCAAGCACCUGUGGAAGUUCACUGGAGGGCGCCACCCACAGUGCUCCCAGCAGAGUGACUGCUACGACGAGGAUGGCACCUCUGCAUCACACCCGCACCUGUUUCAGGUGGCUGUACAUGGAAUAGAUGGGGGGCUUGGAAUAGGAGAGGUUAAAGGUCAGAGAUUGAAGGUCUGUGGCACAACAGGGCUUGACUUUCUCACCAGGAAAAGCUUGUCCAUUAGUGAUGGAGAGAUGACACUUGGGGAGACAAUGGAGGAGAUUCUGGAGGAGAGUGAGUUAUAAACAAGCUCAUUAGCUUGGUCACCAGUGGGAUAAUGUCACAUUGGCAAUAUUGUUACUUAUUCAACCCUCCGAGACCCACCAUAGAACCAUUUUUAAGGGGAGAAAGCAGGUCAUAGCAAGUCAAAGUUUUUCUAGUCAUAAAUCUGUAAUAAACAUUGUGUUUUGGUUAAGCACCCAUUCAAACAUACAAAAUUUUAUAGUGUAGAAGGCCUUAGAACAUUAUGAUCAAGUAUAUGAUGGCCAUUCUCACGUUCAAUUGUGUCUUUUAAGUUGUUGCAGCAAUUUUUGGGUAUUGAUAUAGAUAGAUAUUAUGCCAAAUUCAGCCAUGACCAAAAAGUCCCACCAAAAAACACAUGAAGACACCAAGGCCUUGAACACCAUGUGGGAGCAAAUGUUUUUGACAUUUGGAUAUUUUGGCAUUUGGAUGUUGAACACCUCUGGAUAUUGCUAAGAAACUCUCUUAUUGUCAAUAUACCUAGGAUAGCCAUACCUCUUUUGAAUGUGCUAGGUCUCUUAUCUGUGACUGUAAAAUUUUACAAGGCUGUGAUUAUCCUAGGGGUCACAAUAGGUCAGUUAAUACAGUAAGGUCAAGUAGGUCAAGGUCAAGCAAGUUCCAAAAAAUUGUCUCACUCCAGUUAAUCACUAUGUACAGAUAUCUGCAUAUAUACGCAAAAUCUGUCGGUGACAGGAUGUGUAUGAUAGUUUUUAAAAGAUUAGCGCAAAUAAACUCCUACGCAAGCAAAUUCAGUGAUUACAGUAAUUUAAGUAGAAUAUAUUUAUUUUGCUGUGAAAAUUGAAUACUGGUGUCACCAGGAGUAUACUGGUUGUCCCUUUGCAAAUACGGAAGUUGCCAUGUGUGGACUUCUGUGUGCACUGUACUUAAAGGAAUAGUUUGAAUUGUUUGAAGUGAGGAUGCAUGAGGUUCUUAUCCACAGUCAAUUUAUUGCCUACAGUAGAAGGGCAUGCCCCCAGUUUGGAAAAGCAGACAGCAAGAAGCUAACAAUGUACUGCUGUGUAUCGGGGACAGCAGCAAAAUGUAUUUUAGUCACCUAAAAAAACACCUAAAAAACAGCGUACCUGGGCUAAAAUUGGAAUAUUUUCACAUUUUCUGGAGCUGUUAAAUCCAUCUUUGCUCCCUUCAAAGCCAUAAGUAUAUUUUGAAGAAAACAGUUAUUAUAUUUAAAGUCCAGUUCAGACCAUUGAUUUGCAAUGAGACAAAACCGUUUUAGAAUGUUUCACAGAAAAUUUGUAGCAGUGUAAACUUUGUGGUCUGAGCUUGACUCAAGCCAGGUGAUGGUGUCACCUGCAACUCAGCUGGUGAAAUCACCAGUGGCUGGUUUUAGAAAGCAAAGCACAUCACCUGUUUUUUCAGCCAGUCAACCUGUAGUGAAGUCUGCUGGUUAAAUCAAAAUGAAUGCAGAGGGCAUGUUCGCUUGCUGAGGCAGGUGCUCUGUCCCCUCUGAGCCCACCGUUUCUGUCCUCAUGGUGUGCCGGUAUGGGACGGUGGGUUGCUGCUGCUGCUCACUGUAUGUGCUUAUGCCCCCCCAAACACACACAUUCUCACUGACUGAUUAAUUGGUGCUGAUUAUUUAUAUUAUUGUGGCGUAUUUAUUAUAAAUACAGUCCAACUGAUGCUCGUUUCGUUUCUGUUUUUCCCCAUUUUAACACUAAAAAUACAACUGUAGCCAGUAUCUCACUGUCAACAUUUAUAAUUUAAGAAGCUACAAAUUAUAAUCAGCCACAAAAUAAGCCUGAAAAGCUGGAAAUCAGAAUGGAAGAGAGUUGUUGCAUAAAAGAUGAUAGACCGUCCCAUCUAGUUGCAUUGCUGUAAACCGGCAGGUUUGAACAACAUUUCAGAACGUCUCUUCCAGGACUGACAGACGUGCAAUAGAUGUCGUACAAAAUACAACAGCUUCUAUAAGGCAAUGAAUAUUGCGGAGGGCGUGGUCAUAUGCCUACAAAGUUGCGUGCUGAUCGGUGAAACCCUUGAGAUGUUAUACACCUUUAUGUGAUCAGCCACGCCCUCCGCAAUAUUCAAUCAAUCAAUCAAUCAAUCAAUUUUAUUUAUAAAGCCCAAUAUCACAAAUCACAAUUUGCCUCACAGGGCUUUACAGCAUACGACAUCCCUCUGUCCUUAUGACCCUCGCAGCGGAUAAGGAAAAACUACCCCAAAAAAACCCUUUAACGGGGGAAAAAAACAGUAGAAACCUCAGGAAGAGAAACUGAGGAGGGAUCCCUCUUCCAGGACGGACAGACGUGCAAUAGAUGUCGUACAGAACAGAUCAGCAUAAUAAAUUAACAGUAAUCCGUAUGACACAAUGAGACAGAGAGAGAGAGAGAGAGAGA